AUGGAAGUGGACGAGAGCCCGUCAUCGUCGACGGCGAUGGCGAAACGCGGGUCGCGAAACGUGACGGCCAAGUUGAUGGCCAAACUGAAGCGAGCGUUGGACGAGCGGAAUUUCUACGAGUCCCAUCAGAUCUACCGGACUAUUUACGUGAGAACUUGUUCCGCGGAAAAGUUGGACGAGGUGUUGAGCAUGUUGCACAGCGGGGCCACGUAUUUGUUGCAAAACCAUCAGUUGGAAAGUGGGGCUGAUUUGGCAAUGUUGUAUCUGGAUGCGAUUGAGAAACACUUGGGAGAGAUUCCUGCUGAUAAAAUGGACGUUGUUGCCGAACUCCAUCACUGCAUUGCCAAGGGGACCCAGGAACGACAGAACUUCUUGGCCAAGGCCUUAAAGUUGUCAAUCAAGGGGAGACCGGGUGCAGUUUCGGGGAGUCCCGUUCUGCACGCGAAAAUUGCUACGAAUCUUUGGAAAGAAAAGGAUUAUGUGGCUGCGAGGUACCAUUUUUUGCGCUCACGCGACAGCAUGAAUUUCGCCACCAUGCUGGUUGAGGUGCACGUGUUGCAAGGUUACGCUCAUGAGGUGGACCUGUUCAUUGCCCAGUCCGUGUUCCAGUACUUGUGCCUCAUGAAAGACUCGGACUUGGCGCAGAGUAUGCUGACUGCGUACUGCGAGACGCACCCGGAAUUGCAGCGACACAAGGGACCGCCUUACAAAAUCCCGCUGCUAAAUUUCGUUUGGCAUCUUUUGGUGUCCAUCAGUGUGAAACGUUUGAAUUACUUCCAUAUACUGAGAAGCAAGUACCAGCCGGUACUUGAUAGAGAUCCGUCGUACCUAGAUUACUUGGACAGAAUCGCGCAGAUCUUCUUCGAUGUGAGGCCUCCUCAGAAUCCGCAGCGAGGAGGACUUUUCGGGAAUUUCUUCAACUCGCUGAUGGAGAAUUUUUGUGAUUCGGAUGAGUCUGACAUGCAAGGUCCCGCUGAAGCAGCCGCGUCGAAUAGUCACCCGAGUCCGCAGCCGGAUGUUGCUGACGAGGAACUAGAUUGAUAAAUUGUGAUUGAGUGGCAAGAAAGAAAAGAAAAGGGUUUGUUUUGUUUGUUUUUUUUUUUCGCUACAGAUAUUUCCUCGCUGUUUUUGUUUGGAGCAUUGCCCGAAUUCUUACAGCCCCGAGAAGUUUUUUUUUGGCGUGGGGGUUGGUGCGGACUUUUUUUUUGGCCAAGUGCGGGAGCUAAUAAUUUAUCUGACGUGUUUUGUUGGCGGAAUUAAUGCGUGGAUCAUCGCA